ACAUGGCUUCGAAAGGACAGGUUGAGGGUUUAAUCGAAGAGAUAAUUUGUCCCAUCUGCCUGGAUUUUUUCAUCGAUCCGGUUAUACUGGAGUGUGGACACAACUUCUGCCGCUCCUGCAUCACACGGUGUUGGGAAAGGGAGGAGAGUAACUCCUGCCCGGAAUGUAGAGAGGAGAUUGCGGACCGCACCCUCAGGGCCAGUCGGGCCUUAGCAAAUCUGUCUGAGAAAGCUCGAAAACUAAACCUGAAUCCGAAAGAGAAGGAAAGUAAACUUCACUGCGAGGAACACCAGGAAGAACUGAAGCUGUUUUGUGAGACGGACAAGAAACUGAUCUGUCUGAUCUGUAGAGAUGCACUGGAACACAAGUCUCACAACUUCAUGUCGAUUAAAGAAGCCAUUAAAACUUACAAGGACCAGGUUAAAUCUUCCUUAGACUCUCUCACAAAAAAGAAAUCGGACUUUCAGGAAAUGGAGCAACAACAGAAAGAGAAGAUUUCUGGAGUUCGGGAACAGUCACAAAGCCUUCAGUCCCACAUCACAUCCCAGUUUGCUGAAUUGCGCCGGAUUAUCACCGAGAAAGAGCAGCGCGCGCUCCGAGAUCUCAGGGAAGAAGAGGAGAGGAUUCUAAUUCUAAUGGAGAAAAAUCUCCGAGAGGUUCAAGAGAAUUUAAAUUCUAUUCAGGAGGAAAUCUCUGAGUUACAGACACGGAAGGAUCAGAAAGACAAUGUGAUAUUCCUUAUGGGGGAAACUCAUCGCAAGAAGAGGAUUAGUGAGGAUACCCUGACAUUGUCUGUGACAGAUGGUGCCCUACGGGCUGAAAAAUUCGAUCAUCCCUAUUUGAUGAUAGCGUUGGAAAAAGUGUUUGACGGCAUUAAGCAAGCCUUACAGAAAUAUGACAACGGAAGCGUGAAGUGGGGGUCUACCAGGAUGGAAUCCAGCCUCCAGGGCAUGGAUUACAAAGACGGAUUCAUCAUCGUUUUGGAGGCAGACCAUUAUUAUGUUUACGCCCAAGUCUCGUUCGUGGGGUCCAACUGCAGUGACAUCUCAGAGGUCCUGGAGAGUAAAGUUCUGUACCAGCAGCAUUCUAGCCACAAUGCCCUGGAACUCAUGGAGGCAACCCAGUCAGCCUGUGACGGGUCCAACAAAAGGAGAUGGUACCAGUCGAUCCGGCGGGGGGGGGGGGGGGGCGUCUUCCAGCUGGCCAAAGGCACACGCCUGUCCCUGAAGAUCAGUCCGCUCGGCCGGGCUGAAAUGGAAUACCACAAGACCUAUUUCGGAGCUUUCAAAAUCCAGUGACUGCCUCUGUGGGCCGAGGGGCGGGUAAGGAGAGAGGGGACGCUGGCUCCUUUAAAACACAGCCCCUUACCCAUCCCAGGCCCCACCCUCCGUGAACAUUGACAGCGAUGAAGGACUGCCCCUUCGAGGGGCUAAUUUGCAAAUUAUGAUCUUCCCCCAACCACCCCCCUUGAACAUUCAAUCUCAAAGACUGGCUGGUUUUGGAGAUCCCACCCCUUUUUUAAAGGGAUGGAAGUGUUGAGGGCAGAGGAGAAGUUAAUUUCUGUAGACAGUGUAGGUACCGCCGCCUCGAUCCCACCUGUGUUCCGAUGUUGAAGUGGGGGACAUCAGGUGUGCGGAGUUAAAGCAGGGGUGAUCUCUCCCUUGUUGGACAGGACGUGGGGAAGUCAUCGAGGAUCGGGUUAGGGAGGUGGUGGUGCUGGGUUGAGUGAGGGGUGGGGACAGGGCGUCACCACCAAUCUGUCCCACUCUCUUCGGAUCGGCGGCUGAUCCUUCGGCACACCGAAUUUGCACUUUCGAGUCUCGGCCCGUUUCUGUGGGAGAGGGGGAGUGAAGGGGUUCUGGUCGCUCGGAAUGAAGGGGACUUAGAAACUGCUGUCCAGGGCUUGGAUGGCUGAGGACCCAAGACAUCUGGGGCCGCGGGAUAAGGGCUGCGACAGAAGGAUUCCACAGAGCCCUCGGGGAGCACAAAACAUAGGAGCAGGUUUAGGCUAUUCAGCCGUGGUCUUUUGGAUGUGUUCUAUCAUGGAACAAAGCAGUCCAGCAUUUUCCUCCAUCCCAGGAAUCCACGCUGGGAAGGAGGGUCUGGAAUAAGAACCGGACCCACCCACGCGGUCGAUUAGACCCCGUGGAGGGGCUGACCCUAGCAAUUCUUCAGGUCGAAGUACCUCUGUUACAGUUCUCCCAAGGUGACUUCAAUCCCUGAUAGAGGUGUAUAAGAUGAUGAGAGGCACUGAUCAUGUGGAUAGUCAGAGGCUUUUUCCCAGGGCUGGAAUGGCCAACAAGAGAGGGCACAGGUUUAAGGUGCAGGGGAGUAGGUACAGAGGAGAUGUCAGGGGUAAGUUAUUUUACGCAGAGAGUGGUGAGUGCGUGGAAUGGGCUGCCGGUGGUGCUGGUGGAGGCACAUAUGACAGGGUCAUUUAAGAGACUCCUGGAUAGGUACAUGGAGCGUAGAAGAAUACAGGGCUAUGGGUAACCCUAGGUAACUUCUAAAGUAAGUACAUGUUUGGCACAGCAUUGUGGGUCGAAGGGCCUGUACUGUGCUGUAGGUUUUCCAUGCUUCUAAUCCCAAGGCAUUUCCCCGCCUCAAACUGUUCCCGCUUGAGGGAGAGUCACGAACAUGAGGUCUGGAGAAGGGGCUUGUCGUUUGAAAAUAGGGACGUGUGGAAAUAUCUCUCUCCAGGUAGUGAGGAUCUGAAAUUCUCUGCCUCCGAGGGAGGGCAAGUAGGGAAUCAUUGCAUAGGUUAAAGAUGGAGACAGAAAUAUUUUAUCCAACGUGGAAUGGAGAUGUUUGGGGAACUAGCGCGUAAAAUGGUUGAGGAGAGCCAUAAAGAACAAAUAAAGGGGUCGCGGACACUGGGGGCCUGUAUUAAAUUAAAACACACUGAAAAUCUCAGCGGGCCGAGCAGUAUCCAUGGAGGCAAAAGGCGUACGUCCACAUUUCACGUCGCGAUCCCACAUCAGGAAAACAGCCAUGAUCACUUUGGAUGGCGGGGCAGGUUUGAGAGCCAACCCCUGAAUGUACUGACCGGUGUUUCUGAAAUAUCAGCUCCCCACAGAGGCUGACUGACCGGCUGAGUGUUACCACUGUUUUCUGAAUUUAUUUCAGGUUUCAAUGAAUUGCCUCCAGGAGGCAGGAGCACUUUAGGAUGGGGCUCACACCCCGCUCCCCCCUCAAACGAGUGUCUGAAACCAUCUGAGUGGGAUUGCUCUGAAUAAUCGGCCGAAAGGUCGUUCUUCAUGGGUAAACAAAAUUAACUGGAUAGGGUUGUGGUGGGAAGCUGGUGUCAUUGGAAAGGAGACUCCAGGAUUGAACGCAGUCUCAUGGCCAACGCUUGCUGCUAGUGUUCUGAAAUUUAGUGCCUUUAUUUAUUACAUGCGGGCUUUUGAUCUAACUUAUUUUAACAGUUAUUUUCGGGUGUUAAAAAUUUGGUGAUGGGAUGUUGUGUUACAGAGACAGAGCGAAUUCCGCUGUGACACUGGGAAACCGUGUUUAGGAUUUUUUUUUUGCACGGGGAUUCGUGUCGGCAGAUCUCCGUCCCUUGGGUUCA